CAUCGAUUGCAUGCAUGUUUUGAAGAAUUUUACGAGUUUCGUGAAACACCAUAAGGAACUUGAGUAAAGUUUGAAUUGAAGAUAUUUUCUUGCAUAAAGCUAUUCAAUUUUACAUGGUUUAACCGAAGAAAAUGCAUAUUAGUAACUUAUGGACGUAAUAUUAUGUGCAAGCUAUGUACAUAUUUGUAUGCGUACUACACAUUGUGUACAUAUGCCACUUUCACAGGAAGUCAUCUUUCGGCUCAGCUGCACUCACUCACUCACAACGAAUAAUAAACCAAAAAAUAACCACAGGACCAGGGUAUAUUAACAAAGCAACAUAUCUCAUCGUGUGUAAAAUAACAACCAGUUUCGCAGAGUUUGGUGAAUUAUGGAGACAUCAUCAGUGCCUAUUUUUCUGUGAUUUGAAGCAUUGCUGUUAUCAUGAGUCUUGCUGAUAUUUUCGCCUCCAAGGAUUUUGAUCCGGAAAAGUAUGUUAGUGAAAUCGGAUCAAAAUGUGUGGGUGGGACAGAGCUGGCGGCUCAAAAGGCCAAACUUCAAAACUUAUCGGAUGAAACCCAUGUCGUUCUGAAAAAGAACGUGUUUCAGCAUUAUGGGCAGUUUAUCGACACGGCGAAGGAUAUUUCAUAUUUGGCUGGCGAAAUGUGUCAGAUUUCUCAAAUGUUGCGAGAUCAAAAAAACCUUAUCCAGAGCCUUGUAGACUUUUCUGUGCUGGGUAAAAAACCUUCGACGAUGGUGGAAACUCCUACCGAUGUAGAAUCGAAGCCAAUUCACCACUUAAAAGGCUCUGAUGAGGCGAAAAAGAAAUUGUUAACAGUACUGGAAAAAGUUGAAGGAGCAGCUGAAAUUGUGGAGAAUGAACAAAGGAAUUUGAUAUUCGAAGGGGAUUUGCUCGAAAUUAAUCCAGAUAAUUACUCUGCGGUUCAGAGGAAGAGAGGAUAUCUAUUCAAUGAUGGAGUUAUGCUGGCAUCUUGGGUUACCAAUAGGAGAGGACCUCAAAGGUACAAAUUUGAAGCAUUUUAUGAACUAGCAGCUAUUGGACUGGUGGUAAAUAUUCGAGAUCCAGAAUGUCCAAAAUGUACUUUCAAGCUCUUGAUAUUUCCAAAUGUACACCUCCUUCAAUGUCCAAGUCAGCCGGACAAGGAUUCCUGGGUGAACGAAAUAGAGAGCCAACAAAAAAUUAUGCGAAAUCCAGCAAAAAUCGGAAAAAGUCCCAUAAGUGAAUAUGCUCCGACAGGAUUUCCGGAAACAGAAACAACAGACAGAGCCAAAAGUCCUGAAGAUUCGUUGGUAAUCUCAUUGCAACCACCACUCCCUGAUUGGAUAUUAGAUUUGAAUGAUGAUUUGGAUGUAUGGAUCGCACAAAGAAACUUUCUAGAAGCAGUAAAUCAUUAUGAAAGUUUUCAAGAAUUCUUGGAAGAACAACCAUUAUCUAGUAACCUAAAAGAUGUCAAGUAUGAAUUCAAAUUAACAAAUCUGUCAAAGGUGGAUGCUCGAAUAAAGUCACUUAUAGAAAUUCUUGUUAGUGAUCUUCAAGUAAUGACGCCUGAAAAAAUUUUGCAAGGAGGUCCUCGUUCAAUUCGGAAAUCUGUGGAUUUAUUAGUUAGACUGGGUCGGGAAAGUCAAGCGACUCGAUUAUUUCUACAACAUAGAUCAGCAUACAUUAAGCAACGACUGAAACGGCUCAAAACCGAAGGGCGAAGUCAACUGUACUUGGACAAUAUGGUGGUGAUAUUCUUCUCCAACAUUAUUGACACAAUGAAAGAGUACACGAAAUCGUUUUCUACUAAGACUAGCUCAGUAUCAGGACUUGUUGUUUGGAUUAAUUCCGAAGUUGGAACGUUCCUAAAUACAUUCUGUAGACAAUUAUUUGGUACUCAAGCUCAUUUAUCGGCUGUAUCAAAUUCCGUCGCUAAAUUACGAGGUGAAAGCAAGCAGUUAUCCGACAUGGGAAUGGAUAUAAUCGCUACUGUAGAUUCGUUACUAUUGCCCCACGUUGAAAGGACUAUAGUUGACGCUAAAGAUAAACUUAUUGAGGCAGUUAGACAUAGAUAUCGAUCACAAGAUGAAAUUGGGGUGAUUAUGAAGUUUCCGGAUAAGGGAUCGCUGAAUAAGACCAUCGUAGAAAUGGGAGAGUUGGGAGUAAUUGGGUUGAAGGAUUACAUUUUUGCUGAAACCUCUCUUCGAAUUGGAACAAAUACCAUUUCCUUUGCAAAGUCAUGGCUUCAUUUUUGUCAAGAUGUUAUGCAGCUUGUGGCACCUGACUGGCAAACCUUGAUAGAAACUGCUAUGUGUGAAGUAAUUCUUGCCGAACUAAGGCAUUUGGACAAAGCCCGCAAGAAAAUAAAUAGCAGCAAAACCUUAGAGUUGAUUGAUAACGAUCUUAAUUUUAUGCUGGGGAAUGUUUGCCGUGCUGCUAGUCAUACUUACAAAAGACAGAUGGGUGAAGAAUUGGGGGAACUGGUGGCGAUUGUGGAGGAAUAUACUGGAGAGCCCCCACCCUCAGUUGAGGAGUCAUCAACUCCUUCAAAGAAGGCACCCGUACCUAAACCGAGGACACAAAUCCCAACACCGACAAAAUCCAAAAGGUACACGACAACUGCGGAGUUUGUAUAAACGUAUAUUAUUUUCGUAAGGAAUAU